AUGGAAGGCAUAUGGGAAGAGCAUGGUUUGAUGAUAAAUCCAUUACCAUUCCAAGGAAAAGUUGGGCCCAAUUUACCACCAGGGCUUGGAGAUCCACUCAGUUAUUUUUAUUGUAUUUUUCCUGAAAGCUUUAUUAAUUAUCUGGUUUUUCAAACCAAUUUUUAUGCACACCAAAAACAAAAACCAUUUGAAACUGCUACUUCUCAGUCUAUGAAGACAUUUUUAGCAAUCAAUUUGCUUAUGGUUAUUAAAAAACUUUAUUCUUAUAAAGAUUAUUGGUCAUCAAAUCCUCAACUCAGUGCUGAAUACAUUUCAUCUUUCAUGCCUGUGAAUAGAUAUUCUUGGUUUUUAGCUCAUAUGCGUUUAUCUGAUAAUAAUUUUCGACCAAAUAGAAAUGAUAUAAAUUAUGAUAAACUAUAUAAAGUGAGGCCACUAAUUAACACGUCAUCGUCCAGUGAAUAUCGAUACCUGACAGGGCUAUGUACGGUUUCUUAUGGAGCUGCUCGAAUUUCGCCGGAACGUGUUUCGAACCUGCCUACCUAA